CUGACUCUAGAGGUUAGAGGUGACAGGCAAGAUGUCGGCUGACGGUGGCUUUGAGCGGUUGCUGAGAGGAGCAUCUUCGUGACAAGCUCGGCGGAGGGGGCUGAAAGGAGCCGGAUCGAGGGAGCGAGUUCGAGGCGGCGGCAGAUUGGACGGGGCCGGGUGUGGGCGCCGAGGGAGCCCUGGCCGCUGGGCAUGACUGUCGGGAGCGAGGGGGAGCGAGGAGUGGGAGGUGCCGGAGGCCGGUAAUACCCCGCAGCCCCCGGGAAACCGGGGAGCCAAGCUCGGUGGGAGCGCUUCAUGCCGCCAACUGGUUUAGAGCCCUCCAGAAUGAACAGGAAGAAAGGAGACAAGGGCUUUGAAAGCCCAAGGCCAUAUAAAUUAACCCAUCAGGUCGUCUGCAUCAACAACAUAAACUUUCAGAGAAAAUCUGUUGUGGGAUUCGUGGAACUGACUAUAUUUCCCACAGUUGCAAACUUGAAUAGAAUCAAGUUGAACAGCAAACAGUGUAGAAUAUACCGAGUAAGGAUCAAUGAUUUAGAAGCUGCUUUUAUUUAUAAUGACCCAACCUUGGAAGUCUGUCACAAUGAAUCAAAACAGAGAAAUCUAAAUUAUUUUUCCAAUGCUUAUGCCGCUGCAGUUAGUGCUGUGGAUCCUGAUGCAGGAAAUGGAGAACUUUGCAUUAAGGUUCCCUCAGAGUUAUGGAAACAUGUUGAUGAAUUAAAGGUCCUAAAGAUACACAUCAAUUUUUCUUUGGAUCAGCCAAAAGGAGGUCUUCAUUUUGUGGUACCCAGUGUUGAGGGAAGUAUGGCAGAGAGAGGUGCUCAUGUUUUCUCUUGUGGGUAUCAAAAUUCCACAAGAUUUUGGUUCCCAUGCGUUGAUUCAUACUCUGAAUUAUGUACAUGGAAAUUAGAAUUUACGGUAGAUGCCGCAAUGGUGGCUGUUUCCAAUGGAGAUUUGGUGGAGACAGUAUAUACCCAUGAUAUGAGGAAGAAGACCUUCCAUUAUAUGCUCACCAUUCCAACAGCUGCGUCAAAUAUCUCUUUGGCCAUUGGACCUUUUGAAAUACUUGUAGAUCCAUAUAUGCACGAGGUUACUCAUUUUUGUUUACCUCAACUUCUUCCACUGCUUAAACAUACUACGUCAUAUCUUCAUGAAGUUUUUGAGUUUUAUGAAGAAAUUCUUACAUGUCGAUACCCAUACUCCUGUUUUAAGACAGUAUUCAUCGAUGAGGCUUAUGUUGAAGUGGCUGCUUAUGCUUCCAUGAGUAUAUUUAGCACAAAUCUUUUACAUAGUGCCAUGAUUAUAGAUGAGACACCUUUGACUAGAAGGUGUUUAGCCCAGUCCUUGGCCCAGCAGUUUUUUGGAUGUUUCAUAUCCAGAAUGUCUUGGUCUGAUGAAUGGGUACUGAAGGGAAUUUCUGGCUAUAUUUAUGGACUUUGGAUGAAAAAAACUUUUGGUGUUAAUGAAUACCGCCACUGGAUUAAAGAGGAGCUAGACAAAAUAGUGGCGUAUGAAUUAAAAACUGGUGGAGUUUUAUUACAUCCCAUAUUUGGUGGAGGAAAAGAGAAGGAUAAUCCAGCAUCUCAUCUACACUUUUCAAUAAAGCAUCCACAUACACUUUCCUGGGAAUACUACACUAUGUUUCAGUGUAAAGCUCACCUUGUGAUGAGAUUGAUUGAAAAUAGGAUCAGUAUGGAAUUCAUGCUACAAGUUUUCAAUAAACUGUUAAGUUUGGCUAGUACUGCUUCAUCGCAGAAGUUCCAGUCACAUAUGUGGAGUCAGAUGUUGGUUUCCACAUCUGGGUUUUUGAAAUCCAUCUCAAAUGUCUCUGGCAAAGACAUCCAGCCUUUAAUAAAACAGUGGGUAGACCAAAGUGGAGUGGUAAAAUUUUAUGGAAGUUUUGCAUUUAAUAGGAAACGAAAUGUCUUGGAAUUGGAAAUAAAACAGGAUUAUACAUCUCCUGGAACUCAGAAAUAUGUGGGACCACUUAAAGUGACAGUGCAGGAAUUAGAUGGAUCCUUCAAUCAUACGUUGCAAAUUGAAGAAAACAGCCUUAAACAUGAUAUACCCUGUCAUUCCAAAAGCAGAAGGAAUAAGAAGAAAAAAAUUCCACUGAUGAAUGGAGAAGAAGUUGACAUGGAUCUUUCUGCGAUGGAUGCUGAUUCCCCUCUGCUGUGGAUAAGGAUAGACCCAGAUAUGUCAGUGCUGAGGAAAGUUGAGUUUGAGCAAGCUGAUUUUAUGUGGCAGUAUCAGCUCCGCUAUGAAAGAGAUGUUGUUGCACAGCAAGAGUCCAUUCUGGCCUUGGAAAAAUUCCCUACGCCAGCAUCUCGCCUCGCUCUCACUGACAUACUAGAACAAGAGCAGUGUUUCUACCGAGUGAGAAUGUCAGCUUGCUUCUGCCUUGCAAAGAUUGCAAAUUCAAUGGUAAGCACAUGGACAGGACCACCAGCCAUGAAGUCACUUUUUACCAGAAUGUUUUGUUGUAAAACUUGUCCAAACAUUGUGAAAACAAACAACUUUAUGAGCUUUCAAAGCUAUUUUCUACAGAAGACUAUGCCAGUUGCAAUGGCUUUAUUGAGAGAUGUUCACAACCUUUGUCCCAAAGAAGUCUUAACGUUCAUUUUAGACUUAAUCAAGUACAAUGACAACAGAAAAAAUAAGUUUUCAGAUAAUUAUUAUCGUGCAGAAAUGAUUGAUGCCCUUGCCAACUCUGUUACGCCUGCAGUCAGUGUGAAUAAUGAAGUUCGAACUUUGGACAACUUAAAUCCAGAUGUGCGACUUAUUCUUGAAGAAAUCACCAGGUUUUUGAAUAUGGAAAAACUUCUUCCAAGUUAUAGACAUACUAUCACUGUCAGUUGUUUGAGAGCCAUAAGAGUGCUUCAGAAGAAUGGACAUGUGCCAAGUGAUCCCGCUCUUUUUAAGUCUUAUGCCGAGUAUGGACACUUUGUGGACAUUAGGAUAGCAGCUUUGGAAGCAGUCGUUGAUUAUACUAAAGUGGACCGGAGUUACGAAGAACUGCAAUGGCUACUUAAUAUGAUUCAGAAUGACCCUGUCCCCUAUGUAAGACAUAAGAUUCUAAACAUGUUGACUAAGAACCCACCAUUUACUAAGAACAUGGAGUCUCCCUUAUGUAAUGAAGCCUUGGUAGAUCAACUUUGGAAACUUAUGAAUUCUGGUACUUCACAUGACUGGAGGUUACGUUGUGGUGCUGUGGACUUGUACUUCACACUUUUUGGCCUCAGUAGACCUUCCUGCUUGCCCUUGCCAGAGCUUGGGUUGGUUCUUAAUCUAAAAGAGAAAAAAGCUGUCUUGAAUCCGACCAUAAUUCCAGAGGCCAUAGCAGGCAACCAAGAAGCUGCGAUUAAUCCAAGUAGUCACGCACAGCUAGUUGGAUUUCAGAACCCUGAAGAUGAUCACCUUGCCAAGGAAGCAUCAUGUAAUAUGUCAGCUCAUCAGCAGGGAGUGAAGAGGAAGGCUGAUACACCACUGGGGUCCCCACUAGAACCUGGUCAAAUACUGGAGAAGAAUGAGGAUAGCAGUAAAGUCAAACUCAAAAUCAGAUUUUCAAAUUCUCAAGAUGAGGAGGAAAUUGAUAUGGACACUGUUCACGAUAGCCAGGCGUUUAUUUCCCAUCAUUUGAACAUGCUUGAAAGGCCAUCAACUCCAGGGCUUUCUAAAUAUCGUCCAGCUAGCUCCCGAUCUGCUUUAGUACCCCAACACUCAUCAGGCUGUGAUGGCACACCUCCCACAAAACCCCAGUGGAGCAUGGAACUUACACGGAAGGGAACAGGUAAAGAACAGUCACCUUUGGAGAUGAGUAUGCAUCCAGCUGCAACAGCUCCACUCUCAGUGUUUACUAAGGAAUCCGCGUCCUCCAAACACAGUGACCACCAUCACCACCAUCACCAUGAACACAAGAAAAAGAAGAAGAAGCACAAACAUAAGCAUAAGCACAAGCACAAGCAUGAUAGUAAAGAGAAGGACAAAGAGCCUUUCACUUUCUCCAGCCCUGCCAGCGCUAGGUCCAUUCGUUCUCCUUCUCUUUCAGACUGAGAAGGGGACAGAGGAGACCUUUCCCUCAGUGUCCAGAAGAAUAUAUAUAACUAAAGCUUUGUUCUCUGUAAAGAAUGAUAAAAGGAAGCAGAGAGACAAAAAAAUCGUUGCCUUUCUCAUUCAGAAUCCAUGGAAGUUCUAAACAUUUGAUUUGUGGUUUUUAUGCAAUUGAGAUCUAAUUAGAAAAACGUUUUACAGUUCUGAAUAAACCAUUUCACCCCAUUUCCUCCUGAGAACACA